UGGAUGUGGUCGCUGGAUGUGGUCGCUGGAUGUGGUCGCUGGAUGUGAUCGCUGGAUGUGGUCGUUGGAUGUGGUCGCUGGAUGUGGUCGCUGAAUGGAUGAUGCAAUUGCUGGAUGGUUGCCAUUGUGCAUUGCACUGCGGGACGCCGAGACGCUCUCGCCCGGGUUCUCAGCCAUGGUUUCGCUUCCCCGCGAUCCGACCUGCACCGCCGAUCCUGGCUCGCAUCUCGCUCGCUCUUCUGGCGCAAAUCUUAUCCCCGCAAGCUGUGCCCUUCCCGUCGAGCCAUGGCAACCGUCUUGGAAAAGCUGCCGCCCCUCUAUCCGCCGUUCCGGUUCAGCUCCGCCGAGGAGGACCUUCAUCGCGGCGCAUACCCCAAGCCCAGAAACUACCGCUUCCUCAAGCGUCUCGGUCUCAAAACCAUCCUCUCGCUGGUGCCAGAUCCGCCCGAUCUGGGCGACUUUAUUACCGACAACCCGCACGUCAAUGUCAUCCAUAUCCGCGUCGACAAACCCAAGGACAACGUCCCCCUCUCCUUCCAGAAGGCCGCCACCAUUCUCUCCGUCAUCAUCGACCCGGUCAAUCUGCCCAUGUACGUCCACUGCCUCGACGGCACCAUCGUGGUCGGGACAGUCAUCAUGUGUCUGCGCAAGCUGCAGGGCUGGCCACUUUCAAGCUCGAUCCUCGAGUAUACCCGCUCGCUGCGCGACGGUGUCAUCGGCUCCGAAGAGUCCGAGUUUGUCGAAAAGUUCAACGGCGAGGUCGAGCUGAAGGAAAGGCUGCCCAGGUGGCUCUGGAACGGCGUCACCAUUCGCAAGCAUCCCACCCUCAAGCUCAAGUUUUCGUCGCCUCUCCAGGUCCCUGCCCAGGCACCAGCAGCCGGCGGACCGGCACAAUCCUCGCCACCGCUCUCUCAGAGCACCCCUUCCAAUCCACCUUUUCACCAGCAGCUCCAGCAGCCGGCCACACAGGGCUCGAUACCCAGCCUCAACCGCACGUCUUCACAUGCGUUGACAUUCGACGUCGGGACAAUCCCUACCAACGGCUCCGUUUCUGCGCUGGCGCUUGCCCAAGGCUCUACCCAGCCUAUGAAUCCGACACACUCGAACGACUACUUUGGCAAAUACUCGAUCCCGGUCGUGGACUCGCCCUUCCAGAGGGACCCCAGGGCCACGGCAGCGCUACCCAGUCCGGAGCAGGAGGCGCGCCAGCCACUCGCAGUCGACGACGACGAUGACGACGAUGCCGAGGUCUCGAUGAUGGUGCAGGCUCUGGCCCUGGAGGCAUACACCCCGCGGACGGCGAGCAAGUAGAAUCUGGCCCGCGCUCGAUGGCGAAUAUAGAUCGGCAGUGCCAUCGCAAGUGCAUCGAGCUCCACCAACGAUCCGCGCUCUCGAUAUACGUCUAUCACGCUCCCUCGAUACGCCCAUCAGACUCCCUCGAUAUACGUCCAUCACAGCGCCUGUUCGGCCGCCCUUGUCGACAUGCAAAUCCCUCUGAUACUCGUGCUCACUGGCCUAGCAACCUUGCCGUUGGAAUCCACGGGUGGAUCAUCUGUGUCAUAUAUAUGUUGACACUGGCGUGCCCGGAUAUCCCGCCAUUGAUGGUGUGCUCGAGUCGCAGCCAGGCUCACCAAUACAUGUGUACGUACUCACGCUUGGCGUAGAGUCAAGUAGGCCACCAUAUGUAACUCGCUUGAUACCGGUGGUUCGUUGGAUCGAUCA